AUGCGUUUCGCCAAGGCGCAGGAGAAGAAGAUGGGCAAGCCCGAGUCAACGGAGCCCGUGGUCAAGAAGAGGGCGCCUCAGAAGAGCCCCAUUAGCAGGUUCUGGAUCAGUACGUUCUUCUCGCCCCGUGUUGUUCUUGCUUUCAUACUAGUCGGCGGUCUGCUCUUCGAGGUCCUUAAGCUCUUCUUUUAG